AUGACAAUGACACCAGCCGCUUCCAAGUUUGUAAUGGGUGCCAAAGCCGCCGCUCGUGGGACGCUGAAUCGCCAAGCAAUGAUGCAGUCUCGUAUGGGGACCAAGAGAUGGUUGACACUUCCUCCCGGUAGUGUUCGUGGAAUUCCUUCAAUGGAAGAAUAUCACCAAGACAGAUCUACUGAUGAUUCACAAGAAACGGAAUCAAGAGAACGCGCUCAGAUGCAAAUGAGUCCACAGCGCAACUACGGGACAGUCUCUGAAAUGCCACAGAACACUCAACACUUUGAUCCCAUUGCAGCAUCCUUCCGCGAAGAUUACGACAAUCUGAACGUGCACUCGACUGCAGCCAGUUGUACCACGAGUAGUUUGGGUCAACUCUAUGAGGAGAGUGCCGAUAUCUUUAGCACAACUCUGACUGGCGACGUCCUUCAUUUCUCAGAUCUUCCAACGUUUUCGGCAGAUCAAGAAGAAGAUUACUUCACAGCCUUGGAACGAAAGCUUGGGAUAUGUAAUCUUGAGAAUCAUGCCAUGGUCGAUGAUGGCAAAAACUAUUAG